UAAAACAGGAGUAAACUAUAUAACGAUGUGUUUGCCUGACUCUCUCUAUAACUGUCUUACUCGCCUCUGUCGAUUAUAAGCCUCAAGACGAGAGGAAAUCAUCAGGAAAAAUGACUAGAGGACACACCUUCAUCUGUCUUCUGCCUUUACUGAUUGGGUAUUCAUCUCAGUCCUGUCAGAAGGACUGUUCCAAAGAAAACCAGGAUGUUUAUGGCAUGGACGUGACACAGAUCCCAGUAAGUCUGAAAGCAGGUGUCACAGAGGUCUUCUUUGUGGACAGUAACAUCACUGUCAUCCCAAAGGGGGCCUUCGCCACCAACCCGAAGCUGGAAAAGGUAGCAUUCAUCAACACCCCCACUGUGUCCGUAGAGAACGGUGCUUUCGAGGGAUUGGUCAACCUCAAGCAUAUUGAGAUCUCCAAUACCCCACUAACAUCCUUGUCUGUAGAUGUCUUCCAAGACCUGCACAACCUGGAAGAACUUCUGCUGAAACACAACAAGAUCCGUAGUCUGGAGAAAGGAUUGUUUGAUGGCCUUAAGAAACUGAGAGAACUCCAAUUGCACAUAAACAAGAUUGACACCAUUGAGGAGGGGACAUUUGAUGACCUAGAAAACCUUCGGACCCUCCAUCUGGCCAAAAACGACCUCAGUUCUGUGUCCUCCGCCCUGUUCUCGAAGCUGCACAAACUGGAGAUACUGAGGCUCUAUGAGAACCAACUUACCGCCAUUCCUGACGAUAUAUUAGAAAAUCUAUCCAAUUUAAAGGAGAUCGCUCUACAGAGUAACAACAUCACUUCAAUAUCAGCCAAUUUGUUCCCACAUAAAGACAAAUUAAACAAGAUACUUUUGGACAAUAACAUGUUGACUGAAUUGCCUCCAGAAAUAUUUGUGGGCUUUCCUCUGCUUAAAGCAUUGACACUAAAUGGAAAUAAACUUGCAAGUCUACCUCCUGUCCUCUUUGGAGAGAUGCCCAAACUGACUGAGUUGAGUCUCAGUCGAAACAGUCUUACCAGCCUUCCUCAGGGAGUAUUUAGUCCUCUUAAGAAACUCAAGAAGUUGGAUCUGUCUAACAACCAAUUGUUAACCGUGUCUGAAGAGUCUUUUGAGGGCCUUGAGAAGCUAACAGAACUCAAUCUUCAAUACAACCACAUGAAAUCAUUGAAAGCAAACACCUUUGAAAAGCUGACAUCACUAACCACCCUUAGACUGGCUCAUAAUAUCCUGGGGACACUUCCAGAGGAUGUAUUUGACCCCUUACCAAAACUCAGCAAAGUCUAUUUAAACAACAACACUUGGCAUUGUGACUGCAGGAUGGUCCCCCUCUUCAAUUGGAUGAAGGCAAACCCUGGCAAGAUCAAGUCUAUGACUCCUGAGAUCUGUAACCAGCCGGAGGAUUUAAAGGGACAAGAAAUCAUGUCUCUCAAAGAGGACCAGCUCAUAUGUCCUGUAUCUCCUCUGACCACCAUCCCUUCACUCACCACAACCACCACCUUAGCCCCUACCACAACCACCACCUUAGCCCCUACCACAACCACCACUUUAGCCCCUACCACAACCACCACCUUAGCCCCUACCACA